UGCAUUAGAAUGAGAGAGAUUGAGAUAACUAACUUAACAUCGAUAUAAGAAGACAAAUUACUGUAUGCGAGAGAUCCUCGAAAGCGUAUCUCUCGCGGUACUUUGAUGUCAUACGCCGAUACGUCUGCGCAGCGCUGCACUUUAGGUUCAGCAAAGCUACAAUUCGCCGCUAGAGGGAGACACAGCGCGCAGCUGCAGACACGCACUCCUGAUCCGGAUGCAAAAACGAGCAAAAAACCCAAAAUGAAAGUUUUGAAAGCACAUUCAAUAAAUUGUUACUUAUUGACACAUGUUUAAUGGCGUUUACGCAAACACUUGUUGGUUUGGUCCUUUACUAUCAGCUGCUGAAAGGAUCCAGGAGUGUCAAGACAACUGAGCAACAUCAGACGGAAGGAUUUAAUGCUUUUCAACAACUAUACGACAGAAACUACAAAAACAAUGAGUUAGACGAGAGCUUGAUACAUUUCAAGAAUUCACUUGAGAGACACGAGGUUGUGAACUCUGCGCUGAAGAAGUCAAACCAGUCUGCCAGGUAUGGAAUCAACCAGUUCUCUGAUUUAUCUCCAAAACAGUUUAAAGAACGCUACCUCACGGUCCAGGCCGAUGCUGUUCCAAAGUUUGACCCCACUAGGCCCGACAUCCGUGUGAAGACGAGUUAUCCAGUACGGUUUGAUUGGAGGGACCGUGGAGUUGUCGGACCAGUUCGAAACCAAAACGCGUGUGGAGGUUGCUGGGCCUUUAGUGUGGUGGAGGCUAUUGAAUCAGUAUCUGCUACACAUGCUGGAAAACUACAGGAGCUCAGUGUACAGCAAGUUCUAGACUGUUCUUACAGGAACCAUGGAUGCAAUGGUGGAUCUCCUGUUGAAACUUUGGACUGGCUCAUGAAGACCAAACUACAGUUAGUAAACCAGGUGGAGUAUCCUUUCAAAGCUGUUGCUGGGAUGUGUCAGUACUUUUCUCAGUCUCACGAUGGAGUCGUACUUACAAAUUAUUCAGCUUAUGACUUCAGUGGACUGGAAGAGAUAAUGAUAAGUAUACUGGUGGAGACGGGACCUCUUGUUGUCAUUGUGGAUGCCAUCAGCUGGCAGGAUUAUCUGGGUGGCAUCAUUCAACACCACUGCUCCAGUCAUAAUGCCAACCAUGCUGUAGUGAUCACCGGCUAUGAUACCACAGGGGAUGUGCCAUAUUGGAUAGUACGCAAUUCAUGGGGAACCUCAUGGGGUGAUAAUGGCUAUGUUUACAUAAAAAUAGGAAGCAACCUGUGUGGCAUUGCGGAAAGUGUUGCUGCUGUCUUCGUUUAAAGAGGUUAACAAUCUGUAUUAUUGAGGGAUCAGCAAAUAACAGAUAAACAUUUGAAAAUAUGGACAAGAACCUGAAUCAGGUCUCAAAAGCAGCUGGUAAACGGUCUCGUGUGGAUUGUGGUUUAUAGAUCAGGUUGCCUCUUGAAUUCAAAGCAAAUGAAGCCUAUUAAUGACAAAUAUUCCUAAUCCUGGAAAACAAUAUAGCUCAAAAUAAUCUCACAGUCAGGGCCAAUUUUAGUUAGGAAACACGAAAAAACAAAAAAGAUUUUAACACUUUUUGUGCAUUUAACAUGUGUUUUAUUUGGAUAAUAAUAAUAAUGUUGCACUGCUUUAGGGCACAUUGUUAACUCAUCAAGGAUAAUGUGACAAGUUAUGUAUUUCAAAAAAUGUUCAAAUGCUUUUUGAGCACACUGUAUUAUUGUAAAUACUACUGACAGCUUUACUACAGAUUCUUUUGCUAGAUAUCAUUUAUCUACUGUCCUACAUGUUUUGUAACUACACAGACUUUGUACUGUU